GAGCUAAUACAUAGCGAUCCUAGAGCAAGAAUUUUCGUUAAGAUGGCAAUCAGCAUCGUGAGAGACUCAAAAUGUGACUAUCCAUCGGCCUGCAAUGCAGCGGAGACCAUUUUAAUCCACAAAGAUCUCAUCAACACGGCGUUCUUUGAUCAGCUUUGCGGCAUGUUCAAGGCUGAAGGGGUGAAGUUGCAUGCUGGCCCAAAAAUGCAAACGAUGCUGAAGUUCGGUCCCCCUCCGGCAGAAAGCCUCAAAUUUGAAUAUGGGGGCUUGGAGUGCACACUGGAGGUAGUCGAUAACGUGGACGAAGCCAUCGCUCACAUCAUCCGCUACGGUUCUGGGCACACGGAAACUAUCGUAACAAGCAAUGGUAAGCAAGCAAGAAAUAAUAGUUUCGGUUCUUCGACCUCAGCACGACUGGGUCGGGAGUAG